AUGGACUAUGCAAUUGUGCUCUUACUUGUUUUUCUCUGUCAUGAAGUAUUUACUGUUUCUGCAUCCAAAUUACCUCAUCUCUCUCACAAACAUCAAACCAGUUCACUUCUAAAAUUCAAGAACACACUUACUGUAGAUACCUCUGCCUCUUAUCUCUGUCAAGAGCCUUAUCCAAAAACGAGUUCAUGGAACAUGAGCAGAGAUUGUUGCUCAUGGGAUGGUGUCAUAUGCGAUGAGAUGACUGGCCAUGUAAUUGAACUGGACCUCAGCUGCAGUAAUCUUGCUGGGACCAUCGAUUCCAAUAGCAGCCUCUUCCAACUCUCUCAUCUCCAAAGGCUUGAUCUUUCUCUGAAUAACUUCUCCAAUUCUCACAUCUCCCCUGAAUUUGGAAAGUUUUCGAGCUUGACACAUCUUGAUCUUUCUGACUCCAAUUUCUCUGGUCAAAUUCCUUCUGAAAUCUCUCAUCUUUCCAAGUUGCAGUCUCUUCGUCUCUAUGGUCGUCUACGACUCAUAGCUCACGAUUUUAAAUUGUUCCUUCAGAACUUGACCCAAUUAAUAGAGCUAGAUCUUACUUCCAUAAACAUCUCUUCCACCAUUCCUUUGAAUUUUUCUUCUCAUUUAACAACUCUUAGGCUGGGAGAUACAGCAUUGUAUGGGAUAAUACCUGAGACUAUAUUUCACCUGCCAAACUUGGAAACACUUCACUUAUGGGAAAAUUAUCAGCUCAGUGGUUAUUUUCCAAAGACUAAAUGGAACAGCAGCACAUCUCUCCAGAAGUUACAACUCAGUUUUGUGAAUUUCCCUCAUAAUUUGCCCGAGUCUAUUGGCUAUCUAACUUCACUGCGUUAUUUGUAUCUUCAAAAUUGCAACCUUAGAGGGCCUAUUCCUGAAUCUCUUUCGAAGCUCACUCGCAUAGAGGAUUUGUACCUUCAAUAUAACUCCCUGAAUGGAACAAUACCAUCAGGGAUUUUCUCCCUUCCAUCACUAAGUCGUUUAGUCUUGAGCAAUAACCACUUUUCUGGUCAGUUUGAGGAUUUCAAUUCCAAUUCACUAAACUUGAUUGAUUUAAGCAAUAAUCAGUUGCAAGGCCAUCUUCCCAACUCAAUUCAAAACCUUGUGAACCUAACAGAUCUUGAUAUUUCUUUCAAUAAUUUUCAUGUGGAUGUCAGCCUCUUUUCAGACCUCAAACAGCUUUCUGAAAGAAUUGGAGUUUCUAAGAUCUGCAAAACAGCUUUCCAACUUGGAUCUUUCAAAUAA